CCUAAAGAAACAUAAAACCAAUUUUGGCUACAUUACUUGAUAGUAUUGGCUCUUUUAUUUCUCUUCGGGAAUAUCAUGAGGUCUAAAAUAGGAUACACCAUCCCUAAUAUUGUCUUUUUACUUUUCUUGAUCAAUGUUGUAUCCCUACUAUAUCAAUUUUGUAAUGCUGAGAGCGAAAAAGUCUCUGCUGUAUUUGUGUUUGGAGAUUCUACCGUUGACCCGGGUAACAAUAACUACCUUCCAACCGUUGCUAGAGCCAACUUCCCACCUUACGGGAAGGAUUUCGUGAAUCAUAAACCUACUGGAAGGUUUAGUAAUGGUCGUCUUGUUACAGAUUUCAUUGCUUCAUUUUUGGGUGUUAAGGAGAAUUUGCCACCUUUCUUGGAUCCAACUUUAACAAUUGACGAUCUGAUGACUGGAGUUAGCUUUGCCUCUUCUGGUGGUGGUUAUGAUCCAUUUACAUCGCAGCUAAGUGGUGCACUCACUACAUCACAGCAAUUGGACUUAUUCAGAGACUAUAAAAGAAAAGUGUCGAUGGCUAUUGGCAAAGAGAGAACAGAUGAUUUGAUUAGGAAAGCAGUAUACAUCGUGAGUUCAGGAACAAACGAUUUCGCUUUCAACUAUUAUGGGGCCAUUGUUGUUCGACGAACAGCCUAUCCAACCAUCUCUAGUUAUCAGAAUUUCUUGUGGCAGAACAUUGAAAGCUUCUUACAGGGCUUGAUGGUUGAGGGUGCACAGAAAAUAGGGGUGGUGAGUGCGCCUCCAAUUGGAUGUUUGCCUGCUAUCAUUACCGCUAACUCCAAGGACCCUAUUCAUAGCCGUAAAUGCAUUGAACGUUUUAAUUCUAUUUCAAUAGAUUAUAAUAAACUUUUGGAAAAUAACUUAAAGGGUCUUCAAAGAUGGAAUACGAGGAUUAUUUAUGCUGAUAUAUACAAGCCAGUCAUGGAUAUGGUUACAAGAAACCGUCAAAUUGAUUUUGAAGAAGUCCAUAGAGGUUGUUGUGGGAGUGGACUAAUUGAAGCUGACUUCAUGUGUAAUCAAAAUUCUCCGGUGUGCACUAAUGUCUCAAAGUACGUUUUUUGGGAUUCUUUUCAUCCAACUGAGAGAGCAUACAACUUUAUCUUCAAGUCUCUUGAAACUCUCAUCCGACAAUACAUAGGAUAAAUGUUAUCUCAUGAUUAAUAUCCUAGUUUGUCUAUUGAUCUUAUUUACUAUUUUGAGGUUGUAAAAUCUAUUACUAAAAAACGAAAAUGCGCAAACCUCUUUAUAUGAUAUUCCUAAAAUA